AUAAAAAAAUAAAAGAAAAGAUACUUUUAUUUUUUUUUCCUUCACUUUCUCUGCAACCAAACAGAGGGUGAUUGUCCUGUCAGAGCUUUUUGAAAGCGAAGUUACUUGGUACAUUAUUAGUAAAAACAGAUUCAUCAUCAUCAUCAUCAUCCUUCUUCUUUCUUUCUGUUUUUUCACUGCUUUGUAGAUAAGUUUCUAUUUCAUUUUGUGGUGAUAAACUGAUAAUGCUGCUUCAUUUGUGAUAGUUAGGGUUUUUAUCGUGAACUAAUAGUUGUUGUCGAAGCUCCAGUUUACAUAAUGUUUGGUUUCUCUCGAAGACGCAUGAAGCUUGGAAGAGUGAAGAAGGUUCAGCUAUCAGAUUCUGCUCAGGGAAUUAGGAGUCCUAUAAGGCCUCCAAAACGAAAUAGCAAUCCCGAUGGUGAAUGUGCUGCUCCUGCAAAUAGUCAUUCUGAUGAACGCGACUGCCAGUGUUCAUCUGCUGUGCCUGAAACUAGUAGUGGCACAUCUGGAAACUCUGAGAGUUGGAUGGUUUUGUCAAUUGCUGGGGAAAAACCUGCCCCUCGUUUUAAUCAUGCAGCGGCUGUAAUUGGUAACAAGAUGAUAGUGGUUGGUGGUGAGUCAGGGAGCGGAUUGUUGGAUGAUGUACAGGUCCUUAAUUUUGACAGAUUUACCUGGACGCCAGCUUCAUCAAAACUGUACUUGUCACCAAACAGUUUGCCACUAAAGAUCCCUGCAUGCAGGGGACAUAGUCUGGUCUCUUGGGGAAAGAAGGUGCUCCUAGUUGGAGGGAAAACUGACUCUGGGAGUGACAGAGUUUCAGUUUGGACAUUUGACACAGAGACACAGUGUUGGUCUUUGAUGGAUGCAAAGGGAGAUAUACCGGUUGCUCGCAGUGGACACACUGUGGUUAGGGGAACUUCUGCUUUGAUUUUAUUUGGUGGAGAAGAUGCUAAAAGGAGAAAACUAAAUGAUCUGCACAUGUUUGAUCUGAAGUCUUUGACAUGGCUCCCUCUUCAUUACAAAGGAGCAGGACCAUCUCCUAGAGUGAACCAUGUGGCAGCACUUUAUGAUGACAAGACGCUCCUUAUAUUUGGAGGAUCGUCGAAGUCCAAGACAUUGAAUGACUUGUAUUCACUUGACUUCGACUCGAUGAUAUGGACUAGAAUAAAGAUUCGAGGUUAUCAUCCAUCACCUAGAGCUGGAUGCUGUGGGGUUCUAUUUGGCACUAAAUGGUAUAUAGCAGGGGGUGGAAGUAGGAAAAAACGACAUGCUGAGACUUUGAUCUUUGAUAUUCUAAAAGUGGAGUGGUCUGUGGCCAUUACAUCACAUCCAUCUUCUGUCACAGCCAACAAGGGAUUUAGCCUAGUUCUUGUGCAGCACAAGGAAAAGGAUUUCCUUGUUGCUUUUGGAGGAUCCAAGAAGGAGCCAUCAAAUCAGGUUGAAGUACUGAGCAUUGAAAAGAAUGAAUUAUCUAUGGGUCGCCGAUCCACUCCAAAUGGUAAAGGUCUGGGACAAUUGCUAUCAGAAAAACGCUCAUCAUCUGUGGGAAUGGCUACUCAACUUAUUAAUGGUUCUUCUCAGCGUUCAGUUGACUCUGUUGGAAGGCAAAACCUAGCCUCUGCCAUUGAACAACAUGGUUCUGGUCGGAAAUCUUUGUCAGAGUCCUCACUAGUUGAUACAAAUCCUGUUUCUGGGAAAGCCUCUCUUUGCAAGCAAUUUCAAAACGAGGAAGAAUACAGCACAGCUGUUAAGUUGGCAAAGAGUCCGGAGGAUGAAACUUCCUUUUCACAGGCAACUGAACAUAGAAUAAAUCAAUCCGAUUUGGGAACUCAGACUAAUAUCAGUGGAGGCAAAAUCAGUAUUGAUGAAGCACUUUCAUUUGAUUCUGAAAAUUUAAGUAUCCAAGGAGUUGGAAACUUUCCUGCAGAUAGUGAUGAUGUAAUAUACCCAGAGAACGACAGUAAAACAGGAGCAUUAUCUGGUCCUUCAAGCAUGUAUCAAUUUUAUGAGACAAAGAUGGCCACUCUUAUAAGAAAGAAUGGUGUAUUGGAAGGACAGUUAACAGCAGCUUUGUCAAAUCGAGAAGCUGCAGAGAAAAAUUUGUCUUCUGUUCUGAGGAGCAGACAGGAGAUGGAGAAAAAAUUGGUGGAUACAAUGAAGGAGAUGGAGAUGCUGAAAGAGAAAGUUGCUGGUUUAGAACUAGCACAAGAAGAGGCGAACAGCUUGUCAAAUAUUGUCCACUCUGACAAUGUAAGGCUUGAGCAUGAUGUGGCUUUUCUAAAGGCAGUGUUGGAUGAUACCCAGAAGGAGCUGCACUCAACUAGAGGAGUCCUCGCAGGAGAGAGGGCAAGAGCAUUCCAGUUACAGGUUGAAGUUUUUCAUCUGAAACAAAGACUACAAUCUUUGGAGAACCGAGCACCUACUCCCAGGAAACCUUUCAAUGUGUAAUAUGAAAUUGAAGACGAAAUCAGAGGGAGUUGUUUUAUUGUAAUCUGUACCGUAUAUAUGUUAAUGAACCACUACUACAAUACAUGAAUUCAGUUGUAAAAUUUAUUUAGUCUAAAUCUUAAGAAUUACCACGUACUGCAAGUAUGCUGUUUCUAUAUCUAUUUCUCUAAUAUCAUUUUCUGUCAA